AUUGGAGUCCAAUCUAUACUGUCUCUGUUCCUGGUGGCAGAAUCAGGUUGUAUGUCGGUGCAGCAGGAUGUGACACAAAAAUGGUAAAAUGGUUCAAAUCGAUGCACAAUGGCACUGUAGUAGCAUUCUCAGGAAAAAUUACCCUCUCCAUACUUACUUCUAACUGUUGCAUAGAACUUUUGUAAACGUACACAAUUUGGAGCAGUUCUUUGAGCAAGGUGGUAGGGAAAUGCUGUUUUUGAGUUGCUAGUGUGAGGGGAGUAAGUUAGCACCUCUGAUUUACUGUCAUUUUUCUUUUACCAUUAAAUUGAAAUAUCUAAACGAUAUAGGAAACAGUUGUGUAUUUUCUAAACAGUGCUCACUUUUAUUUAUGUGGACAGAAUAUUUAUAUUAAUUGAAUUGUUAGUAAUUUGGUAUUUGCAAGUUUACUUACAUAUACGACCGAGUGAAUUGUAUAUGCAGUAGUAUAUAGGUACUGCAUAUGGAAUUUCUUUAUGAGUCACUAUGUAAGUAUAUAUUUAUUGUACUUAAGGACAUAAUACUUAUAUACAUGUAGUUAUUUGUAAACAAAUUUAAGGAUUCCAAGUGCUUGCUGAAGUUCUAUAAUAUAAUUUGUAUUUAAGAGGAAAUAUUGUAUAUUUAACUAUAAUGGCCAAGUCGGAUAAUAUUAAAGACUAUACUGUUGCUACGGAAGAAAGUAUUCUCUGUGGUGAUGGUAUGAAAGAACACCUUGAGCCUAGAUUCGAGUGUCCUAUUUGUUUAAAUUGGCUACGCGAUCCAGUUUUAACAUCUUGUGGUCAUAAAUUCUGUUCGCAAUGUAUAUACACUUGGCUUCAAAAGGAAGGUGCUUGUUGUCCAGUUGAUAGUCGGCCAUUAAAAUCAGAAAGUGAUUUAUUCAGAGAUUUAUAUACAAGCAGGGAGAUAUCACAACAACGGACACCUUGUCCUUAUCAACAGUUUGGUUGUGAGAUUAAAUUAUCUCCAGUGGAUAUGGAAGCUCAUACAAAUAAAUGUACAUAUAAAAGAAGUCUUCCAAAUUCACAAAAUGUUUAUUGCCAUUUUAAAAAUGUUGGCUGUAUAGAAGUCUUUAAUAGAGAAGAUGAUUUGCAUGCACAUUUAGAGACAAAUAUUAGCCUCCAUUUAACUAUGAUUUUAAAAACAUUACCACAGUCGUCAACAGCGCAAAAUCAUGCAAAUGCACUAGCUGCUGAAUCAAAAUUAUGGGACCCGCCACCCAAAGGUGCAACAUCUAUGACUAAUAAUGAACCAUCGUUAGAGUGGCAACAGUUGUUGAAGAAUCUCUAUGAAAGAAUAGUGAUACUGGAGCAGCAAAACAAAGAACUUUCCAUUACCGUAUCCAAUCAAAAAACUCAACUUACAACCUUGCAAACUUCUCUGAGAUUCAAUCAGGAAGAAAUGUUUUUGCGUAGCUGUAAUGGUGUUUAUAUUUGGAGAUUACAUUCCUUUCAUGAAAAGCUUGAAAGUAUGAUGACCGAUUCUUUAAAAAUGUUUUAUAGUCCUGGUUUCUACACCAGUCCUAAUGGAUAUAAAAUAUGCGCUAGAAUUAAUAUAUCCUCAAAAGAUCCAGAAUUUCUGUCGGUGCUUCUUCAUAUAAUGAAAUCAGAAAAUGACGAUGGCUUGGAUUGGCCAUUUAAUGGUAUAAUGCACUUUAUUUUAGUGCAUCCACAUAACCAAGAAAAAGAUAUACGAGAAAUAACUUCAUCGAAACCAGAUCUAGAAGCAUUUAGAAAACCUAUUUGUGAACUGAAUAAACGGAGUUUCGGUUAUACAGAAUUUGUACGAGUCCGAGACUUACCAGACUUUUUACAAAACGAUUGCUUAAUCUUUAGGAUCGAAGUUCGUACUCAAGAUAGAUUAAAUAUGUUAAUAUAAUGCUAAUUGUUUGAGUCAGUUACUCUAAAUACAAGUAUUAGUUUUAUUUUACUAUGGUGGGUGAGUUGUAAAUUACACUGAAUACUACAUUUUUGUACAUUUUCUGCUGGCAUCUUUUCUACGUGUAUCCUUCAUUGCAGUAUGUACUAAGAAAAACUUGUAUAUUUUAUAUUAAUUAUUAAUUUUAGGUUCUAAGUUAAUUUAGAAUAUUUAUAUGUAAUGGAACAAAGUCCGUCCCUUAAUUAUUCUUGUAAUAUAAACAGCGCUUAUAAUAUAAAUAAACUUUGUAAAUUAUAAUUAUCUGUAAAGUUUCUAAAAUAUUACUCUUUAAUAUUAUUAAAAUAAUUAACACAUUUACCAGUAACUUAAACGUUGUUUAAUAAAUGUAAUUGCAGAUUAUUGUUAUUAUU